CUCUGCUCCUGAGUCUUCUCCUGGCUGUUCUGCCUGUUUGCUCCACUGCCCCGGUCUCCAGCUCGUGUUUCAUCCUUUGAAUGCUGGGAGCAGAUGCCGUGGGCAGGGACAUUUUUUGGAUUCUAGUGGAUCUGUGCUACUGAAUCUGACCUGGAAAAUUCAGGAGCUGCUGCUGCUGCUUCAGGACUGAAUGGGCCUCUGUAUGGCCCCUUGUGAAAGAUGGUGGAUCGCCUGGCGAACAGCGAGGCAAACACCAGGAGGAUCAGCAUCGUGGAGAACUGCUUCGGCGCGGCCGGCCAGCCCCUGACCAUUCCCGGGCGCGUGCUGAUCGGGGAGGGAGUGCUGACGAAGCUGUGCAGGAAGAAGCCCAAAGCCAGGCAGUUCUUCCUCUUCAACGACAUCCUGGUCUACGGCAACAUCGUCAUCCAGAAGAAGAAGUACAACAAGCAGCACAUCAUCCCCCUGGAGAACGUCACCAUCGACUCCAUCCAGGAUGAGGGGGACUUGCGGAACGGCUGGCUCAUCAAGACGCCCACCAAGUCCUUCGCCGUUUACGCCGCCACCGCCACCGAGAAGUCGGAGUGGAUGAACCACAUCAACAAGUGCGUCUCCGACCUGCUCUCCAAGAGCGGGAAGAGCCCCAGCAGCGAGCACGCCGCCGUCUGGGUGCCGGACUCGGAGGCCGCCGUCUGCAUGCGCUGCCAGAAGGCGAAGUUCACGCCGGUGAACCGCCGGCACCACUGCCGCAAGUGCGGCUUCGUGGUCUGCGGGCCCUGCUCUGAAAAGAGGUUCCUGCUGCCCAGCCAGUCCUCCAAGCCCGUGCGCAUCUGCGACUUCUGCUACCAGCUGCUGGCCACCGGGGAGGUGGCCGCUUGCCAGGCCUCCAGGUCAGACUCCUACAGCCACUCGCCUAAGUCCUCUCUGAACGAUGUAUCCGACGAGGACGACGACGAAGACAGCAGCGACUGAGGACCAAAGCUUUGGGGUUGGCUUGGGUUUUCUCCCAACCCCUUGCAGUUUGUAUUCUGAACCCUGUGGAGCUGCUUUUGGGGAGGUCUGUAGCGAGGAUCCUCAGCAAAAUCCUGUUCCUAGCCAUAAAAAUCUGCCUGAAUACCUUUGGCUGCCAUGUGCCUCGAGCUCUCAGUGCUCUAGACAAUAGCUGGUUGGGUUUGUUUCCCCCCUGCCAGCCUAGCGCUCUGCAGGGGUAGGCUGUUGCAGAUGCUACCAGAAUGUUUCCCAACCUCUCCUACUUGAGUUGUGUCUAGGUUAGACUGUUGUGGAAGGCCGGAGAACUCAGCUGUACCUUUGUUAAUUUAACAACCCCUACUUCCUAACGCUUCGCCUCGGGAUGCUGUUAUGUGGGGCUCGCAGACGUGGGGAGGAAGGCUGCGAGAAGGGCUGUUGGUUGCAAUCCUUUAGACCAUCUUGUUUCAUCCCUUACUGUGGUGGAAGGUGACAGAA